AUGGGGAACGUUCUGUUGGUCCCGAAGCGAAGCCUCAAUCCUGGGAUCUUGCGCGUUAACAAACAGAUAUAUGCGGAAAGCUACGAAGUCAUGGUCAAAACCAACCGCUUUGUUCACGUGUGUUGCACGGGCGGUGUUCAUUUCGUCUACAUGUGCGUGGAGCACCGCGUGCCGAUGAUAGUGUUUGAAUCAGAUGCCGACGAGAAAAGAGAAGAAACCAACAGUAGUCAGGAGGCUGGAGGGGUCACACAGCGGUUCCGAGGCUAUGCUCUACGCGUGACGAUUGGGAACAGUCGCCAAGACUGGAGGGAGCUGCUGCCACGCUCAGUCUUCCUGGAACCGGCCAAUAUCAUCAUGCUCUUCGAAGACGUCGAUAAGUUGUGCCGAGCAAUUUUGCGGGGCGACCAUCGUCUAGACGACUACAGGAUGCCGCUGUCGUUAGACAUUGAGGUCGGCCCGGUUGUAACACGUCCGCCGUUCCAGUUGCAGCCGCUGACCGAGUACUUCUCCUCGACCAAGACACAGGAAUAUCUUCUCGCGCCCUUCCGAGCGAGGAUUCGCGGUAUGCCGCAGACCACCAUCAGCGGAAGUGUAGAUCGCAUGAUUGCUGAAGCGGUCGAAGAAGAAGCCUCACGGGAGAGAUACGUUGAUUCGGUCGCGCUUCUCGAGUCGUGGGCCGCAGGGCAGAAAUACGGUUGGCAACGUUUAGUAGCUGGAGACACAGAAGGGGCCCUGGCAUACUGGUGCGAUGUCACCUAUCAGAUUGAGGAAGCACAUAGGGGAUCGUCCUGGGAAAGGCUCAUUCAGAAAGGAGGCCCUUCGUUCGUGGCACGCGUAGCUGAGCUCUACUUCGCUUUGAACCUUGACGUUACCGAUGUGGGUUUAGCGUGGAUGGAGAAAGGCAAAUUCGAUGUCCUUCCUGGCACCAAGGCGGCUGUGACGUCGUUGAAGUCUAGCAUGGAAGAAGGAUUCUGGGGAAUGGAACUUGACUGGGAACCCUCACAAGCUCAGAAAGUCAAGUGGUGGUCUAAUUUUGCGAAGCUCAUGAGAUUGGAGGGCCUUGGAGCCACGAUUCCGUUCGCGGUUGCUGCGAUUAAUGCGGCGUUGAGUCUAAGUCCAGAGGACGCUGCCGUGUUGAGUGAGAAGCAGAACAUAGAAGAUUGGGUAACGAACUUCGGUUUAUGA